CCGGGACAGGCUGUCCCCGCGGCGCCUGACAGGGCUGUCUGCAAGGGGCCGGCGGGCCGUGCGCCGCGGCGGGCGCCGCUGCCUCCGCCGCUUGUCUGCAGCCGGCGCGGGUGGCGCGGCGGGGCCGGGGCUGUCCGUCGCAGCGGCCCCUCGGCGCUCCGGGGCCCCGCCCGCGCAGGCGGCUGUGCGGACAGCUGCGGCCCUGCUGGCGGCGGGAUCCCGCCGUGCCCGCGGGUGCGCUGUGCAGCGGCGGCCGGCGGAUUUAUGUGCCGGCAGCGGGGCCCAGCCGGGCGGCAGCGGCGGCUGGCGGGGCCCGCGCGGGCACCAUGGUGAGCCGGGGCCACUCGCCCCCCUGGGCUCCGGGCUGGGCUGCUGCAUGUCCCUGGCGGUGGGGACAGCCCGGGGGUUUGGGCGCGGCGGGGCCGCGGAGGCAGUGGGGUGACACCAUCGAGCUCUGUAAUUGGCGCUCGUGAAUGGAGCACUGCGGUGGCUGCUGCCCUCCGCCGCCUUACACCGACACGGUUCCGCUGCCCGGUGGUCGUUUCCCUCUCUGUUGCUUUUCCCCUGGGAAAUGGAACGAGCCGCUGCACUUAGUGCGAUGUAACGGGGUUAUAGGAUGUCUCUUUAUAGGAUUCUUCUCUUUCUCUAUAACUACCUGACACGAGGUUGUAGUGGGGAGGGGGCUGGCCUCUUCUACCCUGCCUGCAGUGAGAUUCAGGGAAACGGCCUCAAGCUAAGACAUUGGAAAUACAAAUUAGGUACUAGAAAAAAAGAAAAUUUACUGUUUGGGUGGUCAGGCAUUAGAGUAAGUUGCUCAGCGAGGUGGUGGAGUCACAAUCCCUGUAAGUGUUUUAGAAACCGUUUAGACCUGGUGCUCGGUGGUGUGUUCUAGACGUUUAGGGAUUACAGUGGCAGUGAUAGGUUGACAUUUGGUCUUGAUGAUCCUAAGUUCUUUUCCAGCAUUGAUUCUAUAACUGCCUUGUCGUGUCUCCUUACUCUGUGAACGGAGUGUGUAUGUGAUCUUGGAUAUAUUCAGAAACUUUUGCCAGAUGCUUUGUUCUUCAUUGCCACAAGUUUGCUCUUGGUGCUCUGGGUCAUGUCACAAUUGCCAUGUGUGCUGUGGCAGCACGUGAGUGUUGCAGAAUAACAGAGCAGUUGGAGCUGGAGAGGAUAUAAUGAAAAAAGUCCCACCUCAAAUUACUUUUCACAGUAGGUAUUUCAGCACAGCUACAAUUUAUUGGACUAAAUGUAGUGCACAGUAAAUUACCUUGUAACACAGUGGGACAAAGUUUGGUGUAAUUCCUACUGACAAUGUAACAUUGUUGGAUAUGUGUUGCUUCAAUAGAGCAGGCUAAGUGUUUCAUGAAUAUUAAAUUUAGAAAGAUACAUCUCUACAGAGAUAUGCUGAAUUUUGUAUUUAGGUCUUAGCAUUUAAAACACUGGAAUUGAUUGGCUUAGCCUUGAAUGUACUUAUAUUUGAGAUACAAGGGACAGGGCCUGCAGGUAUAAAAACGUAUUUUCUAUGUGCCAUUAAUAUAUUGCAUUUCCAUGUGGCUAUAUGAAUGUAAGUGUCAAUAGGUCAUUUUAGCUAUGGCGCCAGUGUUCAUUGAUCUAAGUGUUAAGAAAUUCACUUUACAAGUAUAUUUUUGAUAAAACCUGCCUUUUAACUGUUCUCCUACUUAGGAGUUUAAUCAUGUUGUUUCACAAAAGUAGUUUUUGUAGUGUAAAUUCUUGUUUAUGAAAGGAAUUGAAUUUUUUUUUUUUUUUUACUUUUCUGCAGGGGUUAGAAUAUUUAUUCAAAAGGUCUUGAGAUGCUCCUCUCAUUUGUACGGGUCCGUGAGUGUUGUGGUCUAGUAUGGGAAGCUACAUUUGGAAAAUUGCAAGCAAAAAAAUUUUUCCUUUCCGUGUAGGUUCUUAUGUAAAUUAAUUGAGUGCUGGCUUGUGUUGCCUAAUGGGUUGAAAGAUCAGUCCAGUUUUCUUUACUGGAUGCUGGCAGUGUGGGCAAAUAAUCUUUGUGUGUGAUUCCGUGACAUUAGCAAAGGCAAAAGAUGGUAGUCUACUUCUAUGCUGUUUGGAAGCUGUAUUUUCCAGUUCCAAAGCAACAGGAGAAUGAAACAUUGAUCAGUUUCUUUUGUACCAAGAGGCUUAGGAAUCGGUUAUAAAGGUCAACACCUGCCAGGCUGGGACUGUCAGGACUCCUCUGUGCAAUUGCAGUGCCAGUUAGGCCAUGACUUUAAGCUCUGCACAAGUGUCUUAAUACUUUGUAAGACCAUGGUGUUUUAGACUGUUCAGCAGAGGCAUUAAAGUCUUCUCACUUCUUAUACUUGGAAUGAUUCCUGUAAUGGCAGAGCCUGUUAUUUAAAAAGCAAAUCUUCUAGAGAGUGGGAACUUAUGUAGUUCCUACUUGUCUUAUUUGUGGAAAUACUGAGCAAACUGAAUUUUGAAAAUCUUGGAAAAAUAAUAAUGCAGCAUAACCUUCUUUUCCCUGUGUAGUACAUAAUUUCUCUGAACUAGUUUUAUGUAUAAUUUAACAAUAUUCCAUAUAUAUUGGUAUUCUCUGCAACAGGUAUUCUAUAUUGCCUUUUUAGGAAAAAUGAUAAAUUUGCAUUUUUAUAAAUGCCCUUGUUCCGUCCAUGAGAUUUCUGUAGCACUAACGUGAUUUGCCUAAUGACCAUUAGUUCUGUAAUCUUUGUACUUAGAGAACCUCAGUGGUACAUGAAGCAGGACUGUCAGGUAAAAUGCUAUUCACUGACUAAAGCUGUUUGAUUUCAAACAAAUCACCUUGUUUCAAAGGGAGUCAUGCACAUCUGAGUCCUUCCACACAGCAGUUUAUGGCUCUCCUUUGACUGUGGAAAGACACUGGUCAAGAGAGAAGUGACCUCUGGGUAUGAAAGGCUCUGUGAGGUUGAGCAGUUAGGUGAUGUUAUUUAACACCUUGUAUAUUCUUCAUGCCACUUUAAGCAUCUUCUUUUGUAAACAAUGGUAAGUGUGUGAAAAUUCUAAUUCAGGGAAGCCUUGGUCAUGAGAAUAGAAAAAAAGGUAAAAAUCUGAGUUUUUUAAAGAGUUCUUUUCUCAUAGAUUUUUUUUUCCCAAAUAAGCUGUAUGAAUGUCUGAUUUCUACAAACCAUAGGAUUUGAACUGUCUCAGAUUGCUGAUUAUAUUAUCAUAACGACUAUAGGUAUUCUGUGAAAGUAAUUCUUUUCACAGUAAGCAUUAGCUUUAAGAUGUUGAACAGCAAGCUCACUUUUCUUUGGCCAUCCUAUAUAAUAUUUUCUACUGUUUGGGAAACAACUUUGAAUUGCAUUUAUGUUUCAGGAGAACACUAUUUUGCUUUUGGGAGCUGGAGCUUUAGCAUGGACAUAACAUAAGCAGAAAAAUUUGCACAUGAAGAAAAAUUUAUAUGGGGAAAAGUCUUAUUUACAGUAAAAGCAAUAACAUGCCAGCUAUUAAAUGGCAUUUCAAAGUGGAUUUAUCUUCCAGACUUCACAUAUACCAUUGCACUUUUAAAAUUGCAGGAGAUAGAAGUAUUUGUUAUAUUCUGUUACAAAUCUUGGUGGCCACUACUGUUCCAAUACAUUCUCAGUUUCUUGCUUGAAAAAUCAUCAGCCAUGUUAGUGUGUUUGUGUGCUACCAUUGAAAGAUAUUGUUAUUACCUGUAUUAACAUCUGUAGAAUACUCAAGUAUAGUUGUGUUAAAAUCUUAUUUUUACAAGUCUUGCCACUUCAGAAAGUAAGCAGUGGGCAUUACAUUUCUGAAGGUGAAGUUGUGAAUGGGAUUCUACCAGCUGUUUUUCAGUCAUGCAGUUGUGUCCCUACUGCAGUCCUGGUGCAUACAGCAGUUGGCUUCAGCUCAAGGCCCUUAUUCUGUAAUGGAGAGAUUGUUGCUAUAGGAGAACAAAGUUUCAAAGUCCUGUGUAAAAGCUGGGUAUUUGAAUUAUUUGUAAUGGGUAGAUAGGUGGUAAAGGGAAGAAAAGAUGGAAACCUGUGCCCUUUUACUACAGGUAAGGAGGAAUAACCUUGGGCAAGGUCAAAAUAAGGAGACUGGAAUGGUGUCUUUGCAUACUGCAAUCAGCCUUGUCUAUCUUUAUAUUUCAUGUUCUAUAAGUCAUUUUAUGAUGAAAAGAAAAAUGUUCUUUAGAUAGAAGUACUUUUAAAAACUUGUUGGUUUUUUUUUUUGCUACCGUGAGAUAGCCGUUGGUGUUUUGUAAUUACACUUACUGUGUAGAUAAGAGUAUUGUAACUUUAUCUUAAUUGCUUAUUCUUAGUUUUUUGUCCUUCUACUAAUCAGCAACUCUGUCUCCAGGUAUGUACUAUAAAAGACUGUGAAAACCAAAGUCCAGGUUAUACUUUGUUCAACCUUACAAUUUUGCAUUUUUGGCCUGCCAUUUCUUUCUUACCAAUUUUAAGAAAUCUGUCAAUCUUCACUCUAGUGUAAUUGCUGAAACUAUUCUUGUAGACCACUUAAUGUGUUUUCUGUGAUGUUUUAUUUAAAGCUUUUAUGUUAAGUAUGUUAAGUUAUUCAAACAAAGGUAGGAAUGCCAUGGUUGCUGGAGGAUCAGGAAGUGAACGCAGUCCUCAAGACUUCUGAGACACCUCUCAUGAGAGAUCUUCCUCUGUGGCAGAAACACAGUCAGACUGCAGUUUAUUAGACUGUGUUGUUGCUGCAUGGCUGUACCAUUUCAGUCCUGUUUUUGACCAGGAGGUUGCUUGCUUGGCAGCCUGUGUUUUGCAGAAAAACUGACUUACAUAGUCAGCUUUGGUCCCCAUGCUUCCCAGUAUUAGAGAGAUUGACAGAAAUGUCUUUGGUCAGCAGAAUACAGACCUCUCUCUCUGGUGUCUUGAACUUGGUUUCAAGUUCGAGCUGCAAAGCCUGUAGCGUGACAGGGACAUGGAUGUAUGUGGAAUCAGUGUUAAAGACCUUAUGAAAUAGUUUAAAUUCCACAAAGUAUUCUGUAACUACAGACACUUUAUUUAAUCUGUGCAGCAGUUAUGAAAUAGUUUAAAUUCCACAAAGUAUUCUGUAACUACAGACACUUUAUUUAAUCUGUGCAGCAGUUCCUCAUCUCUUAACAGUGAUUAGUGCUUCUCUUAGUUUUGAGUCAACCCAAUCACUGAUUGUGUUCUUUUUAUUUCAAAACAGAUUGGUAGUGGGUUCCAGGGUUUGCUUACCAGAGGUCCUCAAAACACCCUGUGGUGUCGGCUUUGCCAUUGAGCAUCUUCUUCCUCAAACACAUAUCAUUCUAUUUCUCAUACUGUAGAUUUUUAAAGUUGUAGAUUUCUGACUAAGAUCUGACUCCUGUGUCCUCUAAUUUAGAGUGAACAAGUAGAAGAUGUAAAAUACUGGUGGAAACCAGCACUCAGUUGUCAUUUAUAAUUCUGAAAUUAGUUGUUUUGAAUUUAAACUGAUACUAGUGUAAAGACUCAGAGGUGUGGGGAAGACUGGAUCUAGACGGAGCCUGAAUUGAACCCUAUAUUUAGUGAUGGAAGGAAAAUGUGUUCUAGUGUUGUAGAAUGGGGUACUUUGGGGUGUUGUAGAUUUUUCUGGAGUGUGUCAGUAAACCUACAAGUAGAAUCCAGGCAAAUACAUCUAAACACAUCCAGGCAAAAAGGUAGAGUUGGCAAAAAGUUGUGCUGUGCAUGUAGCAUGUUAUUUUGACUCACUGUAUCAUCUAGUGUGUUUUUAUGGCUAGCGUUCUUGGUAGAUUGCAGUAAGAUUAAUGCAGUGGAUUUUUAGAAAAUUUCUUGUGGCAGCUUUUCUCUAUUAGUAUAUUGCUUGUGAUUGAUUACUAACCUUCAGGAAUCAAGAAAAAUACCCACAUAUGGCAUGUAUGUGUGUAUAUAUAGAUGUAUAUACAUUUUAAAUUGCUUAAAGUUAGAAAAAUACCAGAAGGAUAUUAGUAUAUUUCCUCCACAAAGUCAAAAUUAAGUUUAGAGAUAUCAUUGGGGUUUUAUGUUUGGUUGGUGUUUUUUUUUUUUUUAAGAAGUGGCUUAAAACUUGCUAGAUUAUUUUUAUUUGUACAAAGAAUAGUUUGUAGAUAUUUCUGUUUUUAUCAAAUACAUCAGUAACUUUAUGGGAAUGAGCACUAUAAAUUUCUGCUAGAGAGGGGUAUACAGGGUGCAGAAAGACAUUCAGUGGCUAGGAUAAAUUGUUCCUAAUAGGUUCUGUUCCAACGUGCAGCCUUUGUUUGAGUAAGGAAAUUAGUUUCUGGUAGUAAACUUUUAAAUAAUCUCUUGAAUUGUGAGUAUUAUUCAGUAUUUUAACUCAGCUAGUGGACCUGCUGCCCUAUAUAAAGAUAACUGCCUCGUUUUGCAUCUUUUUCCCUUCUCUUGCCUUGAGUUAAGGAAGUUUCUUUCCCUUACAGAUAGGAAGCUCUAGGAGUAAAUGAAGAGACAUACUGGCAUCUGAUUCAGCUGUGCUUCUAAUAAAUAUAUUAUUCUAGAGAAAUAUUAAUUAAAUAAGUUCACCCUAAGAGAAUGAAUUCUGAGAAUAAUGACUCAGUAGAGAGGCUAGAUGAAGGGACAGUAAUUUCUCUCCUAUAUUGGGUGGAAGUGGUUAUAGGGCUUAGUGUGAGGUGGUCAGAAGAAACAUUUGAUUUUAAAAUGGUUUAUUUUGUACUCAAAGAAUAUAUACUUCCUUUGUAAGUAUAGCAUAUAUAUUAUGCAUGCAGCUGCUAAUACUUUCGUUAGGACUGCACUUCCCUUAGCUAGGGAGCUGGUGGGAGCUGGUUUGAGUAACCUGUGUGCAGAACUAUGCACAAUUCUGAUGUCAGUGAACUAGAACAUAAACAAAAUUCAGAUUUUAUUUUUUGAGGUACCUCAAGGAGUUGAUGGCACCAAAGCAUAGAAGCAGUAGAAAUUCCAAGGAAGGAGAAGGUGAAGGGACUCCUGAGCACUAAAGAAACUUGAUGGUAUCUGACGGCCUCCAAAUGUGUUCCUUCAAAGUAUAAAAAAGUAGCACCUCCCUUUAUUGAUGCAUGGCACUUUUUUAUGAGACAUAUGGUGACAUAUUGAAAGUGUUUAUAAAUGCUUAAAGGAUAAUUUGUGCUGUCUCUCUCUCCCUCCGUCUUGUGGAAUUACAGAUAAUAAUGUAUAUCGAAAAACAUUUCAUCUGCCUAUAUUUUUUAAUGACAGCAGUAUCUGCACAAUUUGUGUUUUACUAAUGGAGAAAGCACUGAAGGAAGAAAAGAAUGCAUGCACUUUCCUUAGUGCAUUAUUUAGAAUGAAAGAUUAUACUGCUGGUAGGGAAGGGGAAGAUUGAUGUAGAGUUGUAGGUUAACAGCUCAUGGCAUAGCAGGUAUUGAUUAGCUGGGAUUUGGCUUAUGUGACCAUGGGACUCUCUUUUGAGGUGCAAGGACUGCUAAGAUGGAACACUAUCCACCCGACCAAGAGGGGCAAGAGCAUCUUUGCCAGUAGUCUGGCCAAACUUUUAUUUAGACUAGGACUUAGAGAGUAAAGAGGUGAUGACCCUCAAAUCAAGAGGAAAAGGUGGUGGACUGAGCUGGUAAAGUAAGGAUGAGGAUCAUGUGGAGAGGAGUCCUUGAAAAUGACUAAUCAUAGAAGAUAGAGACCCACACGUGUAGGUAAACAAAGAGGAAAUAUCUGUACAUAUAUAAUGAGGCCAGCAUUAUGAGGGAGAGGAUCUUAGAUCUCUUCAGGGAGGUUAGCUGUGGUGACCUGAGAAUGCCUUUUCCCUUUGAUGAAGUUUUGUAAGUGAUUGUAGCAAGUUUCAGAGAAUUUGUUUUUAACUGUUUCAGUAUUCUGCCCCCUCACUCCCCCAUUCCUUCCCACUGUAUCAUGCCUGUUAUGCAGACUGUUACAAUUUUUUUUUUAAAGAUACUUCAGCACUUUUCUAAAACACAUACUGACUUGUUAUUAACUUCUCUACAGGGUGUGAUAGGUGUACAGUUGGUGGUUACCAUGGUAAUGGCUAGUGUCAUACAGAAGAUCAUACCUCACUAUUCUCUUGCUCGUUGGCUUCUCUGUAGUGGCAGAUUGAUAAAUACUUCAAGCAGGAUUUCAGCGCUUGGGCUUAGCUUACGGUGGUAUCAACAUCCCACUGAAGAAGAACUGCGGAUUCUUGCAGGGAAGCAAAGAGGGAAAAGUAAAAAAGAUAGAAAAUAUAAUGGUCAUAUUGAAAACAAACCCUUAACCAUUCCAAAAGAUAUUGAUCUUCAUCUGGAAACAAAAUCUGUAACAGAAAGGGACACUAUUGCAUUGCAUUACUUUCCAGAAUAUCAGUGGUUGGUGGAUUUCACUGUUGCAGCUACAGUUGUGUAUGUGGUGACAGAAGCCUAUUACUGCAUUAUGAAGCCCUCACAAGAAAUGAAUAUCAGCAUAGUAUGGUGUCUGCUUGUCUUGGCUUUUGCAGUUAAAGUACUGUUUUCAUUGACUACCCACUAUUUCAAAGUUGAGGAUGGAGGUGAAAGAUCAGUCUGUGUCACCUUUGGUUUUUUCUUCUUUGUGAAAGCAAUGGCAAUUCUCAUUGUGACAGAAAACUAUCUAGAGUUUGGAUUGGAAUCAGGAUUCUCGAAUUUCUCAGAAAGUGCUAUGCAGUUUCUUGAAAAACAAGGUUUGGAAUCCCAGGGUCCUGUGUCUAAACUAACCUUCAAAUUGUUCCUGGCUGUUCUGUGUUCACUUAUUGGUGCUUUUUUGACAUUCCCUGGCUUGCGACUGGCUCAAAUGCAUCUGGAUGCUCUGAAUUUAGCAACAGAAAAAAUAACACAAACAUUGCUACAUAUAAACUUCUUGGCACCUUUAUUUAUGGUUCUACUCUGGGUAAAACCAAUCACUAAGGACUACAUUAUGAGCCCACCUUUGGGCAAAGAGAGCAUUCCUUUAAUGUCAGAAGAUACAUUUGAUACCAUCAGAUUGUGGAUUAUAAUCCUGUUGUGUGUUUUACGGUUGGCUAUGAUGCGUCAUCAUUUACAGGCCUAUCUGAAUUUAGCCCAGAAAAGUGUGGAUCAGAUGAAAAAGGAAGCUGGUAGAAUAAGUAUGGUUGAUUUACAAAAAAUGGUGGCUCGGGUAUUCUAUUAUCUCUGUGUAAUUGCACUGCAGUAUGUUGCACCAUUGGUGAUGCUUCUUCAUACAACUCUGCUCUUGAAAACACUAGGUAAUUAUUCUUGGGGCAUCUACCCAGGAUUGAAUUCUGACACUCCAGUAGAAAACAGUCUGCUUCCCAAUUCUGUUUAUUCUGAGUCUCCACCUCCUGAUGGAAAGAUGAAAGUAACUGUAGUACAAUUAACAAUGGCUCUGGGAAGCCUAAAGAAUAUUUUCACUCCUCUCCUGUUCCGGGGACUCCUGUCUUUCCUCACUUGGUGGAUUGCUGCUUGCCUUUUUUCUACAAGCCUUUUUGGGCUCUUCUAUCACCAGUACCUGACUGUGGCAUGAACAAGUCAACUGACAGAACAAGUGUGAGGUCAGAGUCUAGAUACAAACCCAUGUACCCAAGAGGAGAUGAAGAGAAAAGAAAACUAUAUAUGUGAAGAGAAAACAUAUCAUAAUUAUUUUUAAACACUUCCUUGGUGUUCUCAGGGUGAAUAAUCUUAAAAUGUUUAAAAUUGCAGCUGGGUUUGUUAUUUCUGUUACCCAAAUGGUAGGUAACUAAUUCAGUUAUAGUAUUGGGACUGACUGACAUUAUUGUGUUGUAGAUGGUGGUAAGCAUGCUGAAAAGCUGUGACCUCUGAGUAUCUUGGUUUCCAUAAACAGCAAGCCAAAUUCAAAAAUUUGUUUUUUAAGCACCAACAGUCACUGACUGAACUGCAUUCAAAAAGUACUGGACAUAGUGAUGGUAGCUGCCUAUCAAUUAAGUCUUGAAACUGAGCCAUACAAGUGAAAGGAGAAAGGGGAUUUAAAAAAAAAUUCUGUUGGAUAGCUAUUGAUCACUUUUCUCCUUGGAAAAUUAAAAAAUCCAACAGGACAAAAGAGAUACUGUAUAUUACAGUAAAGAAAGUUGUAUAAAAUAUAAAUUUAACAAGAGUAGAUGUGUGUACCUGACAGAUAUUGCUGCCUACAUAUUUUGCAGAAGUGCUUGUGCAGUAAGAAGAGAGUUAGAACAAAUAUAUUAUUUCAGUCCCUGCAGUCAUUUUGAAGUAAUGGCCAUCUGUAUUGGUGCUACUAUUGAUCCACACAUUGUGUCUGGAUCUUUUAAAUUUCUUCUUUUGAGGUAGUAGAUAAAUUCCAUUGAAUUUACAAAAGAAUAGAAAAUAAUUAGUGGCACCAGUCAAACAUUUCAAAACAAAACAGUUUAAUCCUGCUGACUGAUAGUGUAUGUAUAUGUGUAAUGUACAUAUAUAUUAUAUAUCAAAUAUAUAAUAUAUAUGAAGGUAUGAAAUAUGGAAUCUUUGUUUUAAAUUCCUGAAUGUAUUUUACAGUUCCGUGGGAGAGAGGUGUAUGUGUAUCUAGUAAUUUCCAGAUUUCCUUUUGAAAUGAAACUUUUAAUUUUUUCCUUUUUUCUUUCUUUCUUUUUUUUCUCCUUUUUUUUUUUUUUUUUUUUUUUUCCGUUGAAAGGGCUAUUUGGUUUUUGUUCUUCUUUAGAGGUACUUAGCUAUACUAAAGAACUUACACUGUCUUGGAAGAAAAGAUCUACUUAACCUAUUAAUCUUAAAGUUUCUGCUCUGUCAAAUCAUCGUCUUUUGCCACUUUAAUUUGUGCUAACAUGACCAUAUAAUGGUAAUUAAUAUAUCUUGGCUUCAGAAAUAGAUUUUAUGUGUAAUAAAACUGCUGUGUAACAAGAAAAAGAGCAAAGUAUUAACUUACAGGUUUUGCUUAACUGGAUAGAUAGAUUCCAGUCAUAAAAUUAUUUACAGUUUUUCAGCUGUUUUGUGUAUUUGCAAAACAGGAAUGGGGAUUUAUAUGCAGCAGCUUUUUUAAACAGUUAAUAUUACACUUCACAGAGGUCUGUGGGUUUUUUAGAUAAUACUAGCUCUUUUUAUGUUACUGUUCUUUUUCUCUUGAAUUUGUGUACAGCUUUGGCAUAUGAUAAGCAUUUAUAAAUGGAAAAGCUUAACUAAAUUUUUAAUAUGUAGCAAACCUAUCAUAUGGGAGAACAAACUCAAUGAAUUCCGAAAAUCAAGAUUUUAAGUUGGUGAUAAACUAUCUUGCUGUGUUGAAAGCCUUUUAAGUUAUUUAUUCAUUUAUUAAGUUGCAUUUAUUGGGGAAAGAUUUGUGUACACCAGCCUAGUACCUACUGCAUGUGUUUGGGAUGUCUGAGCACACCUUGCAUGACGCUGCUGGUUUCACUGCAGUAUUUCAGUGUGACUGGGACUGCAAGCUUUCUUUUUACAUGACCACCUUUUUGUAACUAAUAGGGACAAAGGCUUAACUGUGAAUUGGCCUAAAGAAUAAUAUUUGAUCUCAUAGUUUCAAAUGUCAAGCAUUCCUGGGAAGUAUUUUUCAGGUGAAUAAUUGAAUGACAAAAUAUGACAAGUCCAACAAUACUGGACCCACUUUUGUAUUAGUUCAAGAUAUAUUAUUACUACAAAAUACAUCAUUACUAAUAGAAUUAGUAAGGCCAGCUUUUAGGUUAGAGUUAGGUGUUCAAUGCCAAUCUUUUGUUCAGAAAAAUAAAACAAUGCAAACCAGUUUGAUUCUGAUAGUGAAAUUGCCUGAUGAAGCUUACUAUACAGGAGAUGUAACCUUGUGUUGAAAUCUGAAGGAGUAAAUUUUGGAUACUUGAGAAUACUUGAAAAUGAUGUUAAGCAACAGUUUUUGUUGACAUAGUCAGUCUGAAAGCUUAUAAGCAAAAGUGAACUGUAGUUAUAUAAUAAUGCAUGCAGCAAAAGUAAUAAGGGUCAUGUAGCUGAGCUUCACAAAGCUUUUGCUAAGAGCUCAUGCUGACUUACUGUUCAGACAUCACAGUGAUCACAGUGAAAAAUAGGCACCUGGUAUUACAAACAUGAAGAUCAGUGCUUGUAGCCACUGUGCUAUUGCAUUGUUCUCCAGACGAUUGUUCAGCAGAAUUGAAUGACUGACCUCUGGUCAGCAGUGAGUGGGCGAUGGUCUUUCUUUGGAUCCAUUAAUCCUGACAUAAGUCCAGAAAGCUUAUGAAAAACUAAAAUAUGCUAAUAAAAGCCUUUGAAACAUGUGGUGACAGUGAAACCAGAGGGAGUAUAUUGCUAAGGUUGUGAGCAGUGCUUCUGACAAGUAUGUGAUAUAAUCAAAAAUGUGUUUUAAAAGUAAAGUAGCAACCCUGAUAGUCCUGACUUAUAUGUAUAUUGUGUAAGGUUCAAAGGAAUAUCUGCUCACCUCUGUAGUAAGUUCCUUUGAAACAGCAGCUGGCAAAUGGUUUUUUUGUUUGUGUCAUGGAGACCUUUAUCAGCACCUGGCGAUGGGGGGAAAGCAUCUUGCAGAAAUGGAAAAGGAAUAAAAUAUGACUGAAAGGUUGGUAGGUGUUACUCAGGUUUCUUAAACAUUUUUUCUUGCUUUUUGCUCACUACUUAAUAAAAAAAAUUGUAGAAUGGUUUGGGUUGGAAUGGAUCUAGAAUGGACCACUUUUCAUCAGACCAGGUUGCUCCAAGCCCCAUCAAACAUGGCCUUGAGCACCUCCAGAGAUGAGCAGCCACAGCUUCUCUGGGUAACCUUAUCUAGUGCCUCACCACCUUCACAGGCAAGAGUCUUCAUCCAACACCUAAUGUAAAUCUCCCCUCUUCUAGUUUAGAAGUGUUUCCCCUUGUCCUAUCACUUCCUGCCUGCGCAAAUAUUCUCUUUUUUAUAAGCCCCCUUUAAGAACUGGAAGGCCACAGUGAGAUCUCCCUUAGUUUCUGAGAGAUUUUAGAAGGAAAUGUUCCUUUGGCAAAGAAUCCAUGUCUGUUUCUUUCUUCUUAAAUUCAAUUCUCCCUUCCUCUCUUAGUGAUGCGAGUUCCAUUGCCGAUCUAUAGCACUGUCCCUGUCUUCCCUUCUCAGAACUAAGUAGGCUAAGUUAGUUCAAGAUUGUAUUUUGACUUCUGUUUAAUUUAUCUAUUUUUGAAGGAUUAGUUCCUUUAAAUAGUUCAAAUAACUUAAAAUUCCAUCUGAAACAUGAACAAACUUUGUAACAUUUGUUCAAAAUCUGCAUAUUUAUUAUGUGGGUCCCAUUAGACAAAGGGUUAAGACAGCGAGAAAUCCCAGUCUUCCAGCAAGUUCAGGGAGGUCCAAACAUAAUACUUGGGCUAUUUCUGAGCUAAGAGAAGUUGAUUAAGAGCAGGAGAAUAGAUUAUAGAAAGCCUAUUCUUACACUUUGUAGGUGACAUUCUCAGGCUGCACUUGUCCUCUUUUAAUUCCUUCUCAAGCUAUAGGUUAUGCCAGACUUUGACAUUUUGUUAGCUGCACAGUCUUUCCCUCUUCCAGAAUUCACUUGCAUAAAGAAUCCACAGAUUAAUUUUCUGUAAGUAUCUUCUGUACAAGAGAACAUCCUUGUACAAAAGAUACUUACAAAAAAUUGAUUUCUGUUACAGUUGUUCUUCUCCGCAUUUCGAUCACAAGUACUGCAAGUAUUUAAACAGAGAUAUGUUCUUCCCUGGAUUGUAAAAUCAAAUUUGUCUUAAGAACAAAAAUGCUACUAAGACAUCAACGCAAUAUUUAGGCAACAUAACCUCACCCUAUGUAGCGGUUAGCAAGUACAGAAAUGUCAGCUAACUUCCAGGGAAUAAUUCAAAGUGCUGGACUUUGUUGGAGUAACUACACCUAGGUGGUAAUAGGCAUUUUGGAUAUAUCAAAUAGAAAAUUGAACACAUCUGAUCUUAAAGCUGUGCAAGGUUCUCCAAGGUAAAAGGCCUUAUGUGUCUUUAUUCUCAAAUAGCUGUGCUUUUCACUGAGAUAAUUUUGAUCAGUUUUGAAAUACUAUGCUUCAUGGUUUUUCUCAUGGCACAUUUUGCACAUUAAUUUGUUCAACACAGCCCCUCCACACCCAGACUUAACCCCACAGUUAAUUUUUUCACUAUAAAGUUCCUAGAUGCUUUUAGUUAAAGAAUUGAAUGCCCAUGUAAAAUGGAGACAUUGAAUGAGGCCAAAGAAAACUGCUGUUCUCUUGGAGAAAUCUGUUAUGCCAGAGCAAAAUCUUAAUGAAGGACAGCAACCGCAGGUUACCUUACUUGUAUCUUAAAUAUUAAAUGUGAAUUAUGAGUAAGACUGUUAUUUUUAGCAUCUGCAGCCCAAAUCCCAAAUGGUAAAUAAAGAGCAAUAUUUUGACCUCGCUCUAAAGAGCAUCUAGGCAACAGAUGCUUAGAAGCCAGCUGUCUGAUGCAGGCUGAUGCAGAUUGGUGUCUCUGCUUCAGAGUGAUUUUUGGCAACUCCUUUAGGAACACCUGCCAUGCUUUGUGGCCUGUGCAGCACACACAGUGAAGUAGAUGGCAUGUCUCAUUUGCACUCCAGAGUACUAGACUGAAAGGUCUUCCUCCUCUAGGUGAGAUUAAGCCAAUAUGUCAUUUCCAGGCUGCUUUUACUGACAUCUGUAUAUGCUGCACUUAACUUUUUCCAGUCUCUCACUGUAGACUGCCAGGAGGGUAAUAUUGCACUGGAUGUUGUUUUGCAUGCCAGUGUAUAUGUAUUUUUAUACUUUUGAUUUCAGUGAUGUUUUUAAUGGAAAUUAUUUUUAAUCCUAAUACUAUGAAUCAUAUUUCCUUUUUUUUAAAUUAAUAUCAGUGCCUGCAACUAGAAGCCAGAAACUUCUACACUAUUUUUUUUAAAGCUUGGUGUUUAGGCUGAAGUAUUAACAGGUAUGCAGUUUUAUAGCAAAGUCCAAAAUCCACCUGUAAAUACCAGAUUUUUCCAUUUAAUUACACAUCAGUCAAGAGCCCUUAGAAUUUGUACUUGCAGCAUUUUUUUCUCAACAACAUACUAUCCAUAUAACUCUGCUAUCUAUAAAAUACACAUCUCAAAAGAACAUUGAAUAGCUUUUUACGAACUCCUUAGUAGGAAGUAAUUAUUCUUUCAUUGUGCCGCAAUAUAUUUUUUAAAACCUGGCUUAAAAUUCCUAUGCUUAAAGUCAGACUUAUUCUCUCUUCCUCUGCCUCCCGCAUGUGUUCUAAGCUUCCAGAAUACAUAUUCACAGUAUUUUUCAUAAAAACAUAGGACGAAGAAAAAGGCACCAAAAAUUGUAUUUCAUAACUACAGUUCAUACCCAUGUAAUGAUGUACCAACAGUUUUUAUUUUUCCUAUCUUUGGUCAUUCCUUUGCUCCAUUGUUAACAGUAUGUAAGGCUUUCUGGGAGGAAUAUACAUGGGAAAAAAUUCUGUAAUAGAAGUUACAGAAAGCUGUCUAAUGUUUCAGUCUUCCCAUUUAUGUGAGCAAAUAUUAAUACAGAGAUGCUAUUAAAUAAUUUCAGCCUAAAAUUUCUCAUAAGGUAGACAUGUUACAAAUUGCACAGGGAACAUUUUUCAGGUUGUAAAUAUUUAACUUUAAAUCUUCUACUUGUCUCAUUGUUGCUGGGAACACACAAAUUCAGUGUUGUUCCUCACUGAAUCGUCUUUUUUAUUUUUGUCUUUAAGUGAAAAAGCACAUAAUACUUUCUACUGUAGAAUAAAGACCUAAGACAAAAAGGUUCCCUUCCCUUCAUUUCAGAAUUUGCCAAAUGGAAAAGACUCUGGUGUUAUAUAUGUAAAUUUUAGCUUCCUCUUACUGCUACAAUACUGUUAAAAUAUGAUUUUUAUAGUUACAGCUUUACAAGUACUAAGACUGUCAUGCUUCACAGUGAGGAUGGUGUCAAGUGGUGUUUGCAUUAUAUGGAUCUGGUGUUGCAUUACCUGCUGUUUAAAAACAAAUUGGCUCCUAUACUUUUAAAUGUUCAUCAGGAUCUGUGAUCAGAAGAGCACAACACAGGUUGAAAAAGCUCACUUUGGGGUGUUUUUUUGGUUGUUUUGGGUUUUUUUUUAGUGGUGUGGAUAAUACUUGGGUACUACUAUGACAGCUAAUAAACAACCUCCAGUAAUAUUCUUUUUGUACACUGUAAAGUGCCUAAUUGUGGGUGAUUCUGGUAGCCCUUGAAAUAGGGUUUGCUAUGAAAUUAUUUUUUUCAUAUAAUUUUUGGCUUAUGUAAUAUCCAUGUGUGGUUUUGUGCUAUUACAUACUGGAAACAAGUAAGAGUUUGAAGAAAUGUUUUCCAUGCCUCUUACUUAAAUGGUAAUCUAACAAUUUUGGGCAUAUCUGACUGAUAAUUGAACACUGCUAAUUUAAAUUAACACCCCUGCCUCUGCCACCUGCCACCUCUGCAUUGUUUUCUUUAUGACUGAGGGCAAGUGUUUACAAGAUUUGGAAUGGUUUGACUUACAAAGUUUUGUAGUGACACCUGGGUGUUAAUUAAUACCCCAGGCACAUGGGUGAUUUCAGCCAAAUAAGUAGUUCUGCUUGGGCUCAGAAAGACAAUACUGAAGGUCACUGAAUCCUUAUGGAUUUGGAGCACAAAGAGUACCAAUCGUGAUACUGCUGACCAACACCAAGCUUCCAAAAGUUACACAUUGUAGAAUUUUGUAGAUUUCUGUUAAGAGUAUUCAAUAGUGAAAUCACCCUUACUUUAAAGCUGCUUGUCCACCUUCAGGAAUGCAGAAGCUGAAGGUAGAACAUGACUGGUUCAGCAAGGAGGUUAAAAAAGUGAGGAAACAACAGGCCCCUGCUCCUGAGUUAAUUAUACAUUCUGCAUGUGAAGUGAUUGUAAAUUGAGAUGGUGUUGCUGAUUCAAAUCUACCAAAGGAAGCCUUCUUCUGAGGAAGGCUUGUCACAGCACGUUGAACUUUUAGCUCUAACAAGUGGUUAUAGGAAUCCAUACUGUAUAUGGUACACUGUUUGGGAAAACCUGGUAGAGUAAGCUUGCUAGAUAUUUCCUUACGCUAUUUGUAAGGAGUUACAUUACAUUUUUUACUGUAGAGCAUCUAAGAAGCUAGUUUUGCCUUGCUCAUUUUAUAUUAAUAUGAAAAUUAUAAGAAUUGGUUUGUCAUUUAAAUGCCUAAAUUUCUUUAACAACAGUAAAUUUCACAAAACUCAGGCAGGUUAUACUUUCUUAUUCCCUACUCAUUUUGUUGAAACGUUACAGUUUAACUCCACUUUUAUAAUGCACACAUUAUUAAAAUGAAAUUUAUGUCUAUUAGUUGCUCAUGGUAAUACCACAGCAAAUCUAAGAGAAACUGUGAUAUCUGCUGUUUAUCAAGUGGCUCCUUCAACUUGCUUGCCUUUGUAAAACGUUAACCCAUAUUGGACAUACAAUGUCUACUGCAGUAAUGUUCCUAUAGUAUUUUAGCAUCCGUACAUGUCCUCUGCAUGCCUUGCACUUGUACACUGUAAAGAACUAAAAAAACCUUUCCAUUAUUUUAUAUAGUAUUUCCCAUAUCCAUAAAGUAAUACAAUUUCUAAAGCCAAAGAUCAAUAAAUGUUUAUUGUCUACCAA